AUGCAGCAGACACUCGCCCUUUCAGUCCUGGCCCUAUCCUACCAUGCCUCUGCUCUGGCGCUCCCACAAGUCACUACCGGCACUGCCACCCCGCUCUUCCCUUCCAACACCACAAUUACCUUUUAUCAAGGCACUGCGCUUGCGCAMGGAAACAUUGGACGAGACCUGGUCAUUGAGUCGAAUCUCAACGCUCUUCAGAGCCGCGACAUCGGAGUCUGCGGCAUGAUAGUUGGCCAUGACACGAUCCAACAAGGCACCUGCAUCAACCUUCGCACCGCCGCCAUUGGACUCCAGCAGACGGAUUACGGUAGCUGCAGCUUCGUGCUGUUCAUGGGCAACGCUGGUUGCGAUCCCGGUCCGGACGGAACGGGGGCAGUCCAGCUGGUGAUUCCAAUCCCCAAUGGAGAAGAGACGACGUGCGUUGGGACUGGGGUGUUGGAUGGCGGCAAAUUUCAGCACGCGAGCGGGAUUUGGGUGUGUGGUUGA